AUGGCAUCUGGUAACUCCAUAUCAGCUCAACAGGAUGUUGUUAUAGAAGAGAUAGAUCAUGUAAGGGUAGUCACUUUGAACAGACCAAAGCAAUUAAAUGCUAUCUCACCUAGCCUGGUUUUUCUGCUAGCAAAAUGUUUGGAAAAAUGGGAGAAAGAUGAGAAAGCGAAUCUAAUCAUCAUUAAGGGGGCUGGUAGGGCUUUCUGUGCUGGAGGGGAUUUGAGAGUAUUCUAUGGUGGCAGGAUAACAAGGGGAGAUUCAUGCCUUGAAGUUGUCUACAGAUUUUACUGGCUUUGCCAUCACAUUAGUACCUAUAAGAAAACUCAGGUUGCUCUUGUUAAUGGAAUUUCAAUGGGUGGAGGUGCAGCAUUGAUGAUUCCAUUGAAGUUCUCAGUUGUAACAGAAAAAACAGUUUUUGCCACUCCUGAAGCAAGUUUUGGAUUUCAUACUGAUUGUGGUUUCUCAUACUACCAUUCUCGUUUGCCAGGGUAUUUAGGUGAAUAUUUGGCACUUACGGGAGGGCGGUUGAAUGGACAGGAAUUAGUUGCAGCUGGACUCGCAACACAUUUAGUCUCUUCUGAGAAAAUCGGUGAGCUAGAGAAGCGCUUGAUUAGCUUAAAUUCUGGUGACGAGAAUGCUGUGAGAUCAGUGAUUGAAGAAUUUUCUUUAGAGGUUAAACUUAAUGAAGAGAGUAUCUUAAACAAGAAAUCAAUAAUUGAUGAGUGUUUUUCAAAGGAUUCUGUCGAAGAAAUUAUUAAAUCAGUGGAAGCUGAAUCAAGCAAGGAAGAAAAUGGAACGAUAGGUCCAGUUUUGAAAGAAAUGAAAAGAACAUCACCUACUGCGUUGAAAAUAGCAUUAAGAUCGGUUCGUGAAGGAAGGAAUCAAUCACUAUCUGAAUGUCUCAAAAAGGAAUUCAGAUUGACAAUGAAUAUACUCCGAGCUACGAUAUCCGAGGAUAUGUACGAGGGCAUUAGAGCUCUCACCAUUGACAAGGACAAUGCUCCAAAGUGGGAUCCUCCGUCACUUGACAAAGUAGAUGAUGAGAAAUUGGACUUAAUUUUUAAGCCUUUUGACAAGGAUUUAGAGCUUCAGAUUCCAGAAAGUGAAGAAUGCAGGUGGGAUGGUAAAUAUGAGAGUUCAGCUUAUGCUAUUCCAAACAGAGAAACACCGAUAUCAACUUAG